GCGGCUCCGCGCUCCCGGGCUCGGCCCCCGGGGCUCGGCGCCCGCAGCAGCUGCGCCGCAAGCUGCCGUCCGGUCGCGCCGAGGAGCGGAAUUAAUGGAGAGCAGACAAGACAUUACAAGCCAAGAAGAACUUUGGACAAUGAAGCCUAGGAGAAACCUAGAAGAGGAUGAUUAUUUGGAUAAGGACUCAGGAGACACCAGAGUGCUGAAAAGACCUGUGCUUUUGCACAUGCAUCAAACAACCCACUUUGAUGAAUUUGAUUGUCCUGCCGAGCUUAAGCACAAACAAGAACUCUUUCCAAUGUGGCGCUGGCCAGUUAAAAUUGCUGCUGUCAUCUCAUCUCUGACUUUUCUUUACACUCUUCUGAGGGAAAUAAUUCACCCUUUUGUAACUUCCCACCAACAGUAUUUUUACAAAAUUCCAAUCCUGGUCAUCAACAAAGUCUUGCCAAUGGUUUCCAUCACCCUCUUGGCACUAGUUUAUUUGCCAGGCGUGAUAGCAGCUGUUGUACAGCUUCAUAAUGGAACCAAAUAUAAGAAAUUUCCACAUUGGUUGGAUAGAUGGAUGUUAACAAGAAAACAAUUUGGGCUUCUCAGUUUCUUUUUUGCUGUCCUGCAUGCAAUUUACAGUUUAUCCUAUCCAAUGAGGCGAUCCUACAGAUACAAGUUGCUAAACUGGGCAUAUCAACAGGUCCAACAAAAUAAAGAAGAUGCCUGGAUUGAGCAUGAUGUUUGGAGAAUGGAAAUUUAUGUGUCUCUGGGCAUUGUGACUCUUGCAAUUCUGGCUCUGUUAGCUGUGACAUCUAUUCCAUCUGUGAGCGACUCUUUGACAUGGAGAGAAUUUCACUAUAUUCAGAGCAAGCUAGGAAUGGUUUCCCUUCUAUUGGGCACAAUACAUGCAUUGAUCUUUGCCUGGAAUAAAUGGGUAGAUAUAAAACAAUUUGUAUGGUAUACACCUCCAACUUUUAUGAUAGCUGUUUUCCUUCCAAUCGUUGUCCUGAUAUGUAAAGCCAUACUCUUCCUGCCGUGCUUGAGGAAGAAGAUACUGAAGAUUAGGCAUGGUUGGGAAGACGUCACCAAAAUUAAUAAAACUGAGAUGUCUUCCCAGUUGUAGAAUUACUGUUUACACACAUUUUUGUUCCUUAUUGAUUACUAUAAACAUUUCAGAUUUGUAUUUGUUUAAUAAAAUGACCACUUGAGGGUCUUAAUGUAUCUCUUAA